AGAUCACUUGCUGCUGAAUGGGGCCGAUAUGGUAUGAGGUUCAAUGUGAUUCAGCCAGGACCUAUUAAAACAAAGGGCGCCUUUAGCCGACUUGACCCAAGUGGUAUGUUUGAAAAAGAAAUUCUGAAGAGAAUUCCAAUGGGCCGCUUUGGUACAGUGAAUGAAAUUGCCAACCUUGCUGCCUACCUCUGCAGUGAUUAUGCCAACUGGGUUUCAGGAGCAGUCAUAAGAUUCGACGGUGGUGAAUAUGUUUACAUAGCUGGUGAAUUUAACAGUCUACAGAAGGUAACAAGUGAACAAUGGGAUAUGCUAGAGUCACUGAUCAGGAAGACCAAAGGUUCCUAAGUAUGGCAUAAAUCUUGUGAACAGCUAAACAGAGUUUAAACAAAUGUAUGUCAGGUGUCUUACACCAGGCAUCUUGAUAACUUUGUUAGAGUAAAUAAGUGGAUUUAUUUUGAUUUAUUUUAAUCAGUUUCUUAAAUUAAUUUUUAAACCUUUGAAACAUCUUUUAUAGCAACAAUUUUUAUGCUAAGUAAUUUGAUAUGUGUACACAAGAUAAAGUUCAUAACAGUAAAAAGUUAUCAAUGCUUGUAGAAUCAUAGUUUGACAAUUGCAAUAUUGCAGUUCUGCUACUCUAGUCAGUCCAACCACAAGGCAGAGUCGAACUGAGUUACUCUGAAAAUAUUUCCCAGGUAACUUCCAAUAAAACACUUGUGUGAGGUCCAGGGAUAGAAAUUGAGGAUGAAUCCUUGAACUUGUAAAUUAACUUGUAAUUAUUUUUGAAAAGGAAGUGAUACAUAAGUGUAACAGUCCUUUGAAAUGUAUCAUAUGAUAUUAGCUUGAAAAAUAAUUUUUUAAAUGAUAGGUUUAUAAGAUCUUGAUAUUAGGUUUAGUAUAAUUAAAACUUCUAAUUACUUAUUUUCCUUUUGAAAUAUAAAAUUACAGGCAAGUUUAAAGCCACUGUCCUGCACACUGCUCCAGUGACCACAUUGUAAGCAAAAACCUUACGUCUGCAAUCAGUGUUAAAUAUACAGAACAAUUUUAUCGCACAUGUUUUUAUGUCUAAUUGUUAUAUGUUGUUUCAGCUUUCUUAGCUGUUUAGUUAUCCUAUACCUUAUUCAUUCUCUGUUUGCUCAGUCUCUGAAUUCUCUGUAUAUCAAUCAUGUUUCCUAUGUCUGUUGUAUAUCCCAGACAUGCAAAGGAUGAAGAGAACAAAAAUCCAAGUAUAAAUAAGCAGGCAAAAUAAAUGAGGAAAGAAACUAAAUGGGUUUUAACUCACUCAUUGAUAAAUUGCAUAGUACUAGAAAUUUCCAGCUUCAGUUUGUUUUCACUCAACUUGCAUUUUGUUAUCCCUCUAAUUGAAAGCAUUACACCUUUUUUGAAAAAAGACACCUUUUACAAAAGAAGCAGAAAUGAUGAUAAAUGAAAACCUUUUGUAUGGGAUUGAUUUUUAACAUCUUUAAUUGUAAAUUAUGGAAAUUACACAAUGUACCUUUAUACCUUCAAUGCAUUUAUGAAACAAUCUUGACCAGUUUUGUGAACAUUUAAUAUAAACCUUUCUUUCACUGCUGGACAAAAACAGUUGUUUAUGCCACAUAUUCUAUUAUCAGUUUCAGUAUAUAUUUGUAUGAAUUUUGUAGAUACAAAAGCAGUAAAUUACAAAGAGUAUAGAUACAACAGAUCAGAAAGAAUGUGUUGCACAUUCUACUGAUUAAUCUAUAUGCAGUCAGUGAACUUUACAGGCAUAUCCUACACCCUUUAGCACACAGCUAUCGUCACACAUAUCACAAGCACACAAGAAUGCAAGAUAUUUAAAAUUCUUCAGCACACAGGAUUAAUGCCAAAUCUUUACGAAACAGUUUUCCUCCAUCAGACAAAGCCAUGAUGCUUUUCUUGUAUGUUGUAAGAUUUUGAAUGUCUAGAUCCUGAGUUUGAAAAAAAAAUCAGUUAAAUUCCAUGCAGAAUCUUUCAAAUAUGCCUUCAUUUUCUGUAUUUCAUUUAACGUUAAUGGCUUAGCAGUAUGAUUUUGCUACCUUUUUGUUCUUUUCACAGAGAUCCCUUAGUAGUGCGUCUAAUUCAUUUUCAUCUAUGUAUCCAUUGCCAUCCUAAGCAAAAGAAAAAGUAGUAAAUUUGCGGUAUGAUAUGUUGUAGGAUGCAUCCCUCGUGAACAAUGCUAAUUUCUGUCCUCUUUACUGAAAACUUUACAGUGCAAAUAUAUUUCUGAAAUGCUGAGUUACUUGGUCCUUUUCAGUUGUCAGUUGGUAAAAGUCUGACAAGCCAAACCUCUGUGACAAAAAACAUGCAGAGAAGUACUUCAGAGCCCUCCACAUUAUGUUCACAGCCAGUGCUAUUGAAACAGUUUUUUAAAAAAAAUCUAACAGACAUGGUAAAACACAAUUGAGCAAUAAUGGCAUAGUGGUAAUACCUGUUUUACUAGUAAUGCAGAGAUUCAAGUUAAUAUUCUGAUGACAUAGGUUCAAAUCCCACCAUGGCAGUUGGUGGAAUUUAAAUUCAACUAAUAAAUCUGGCGUAAAACUAGGAUAGCAAGAACUGCAGAUGCUGCAUAG